UUUAAGAAACAGAUGCGAAUUUAAGCACACAGCUCGGAAUCUUGCUUAAGUUCUCAAGUGCUGAAGAUGAGAGCGCAGUUUUGUACAAGUGGACAUGUUGUCAUUCAAGUCUUGGUGGUCUUAAGCAGUAUUGAUACUGCCAAGGCAGAAGGUGUGUGGCUAAUUAUGAUACAGGCUGAAUAAGUUUUCCCAGACGGCGUUUUCCAAUCAGUGGAAACCUUUUCCAGACAACUUGGUGUAUAGACUAUAGUCAAUCAGUUUUUCUUUCCACAACCAUGUAUACUAAAAUAUAGCGGUUGGCAUAAAAUCCCGUGCAUAAGAGUUUUCCUUGAAACAUUUUUCAAUUGAAAUUUUUUCCAGACUGGUUGACAAGUUUUCCGUACUAAUUUUUGCAAUGGAAAACUUUUUGCCUGGCUUAUGAUAUAUAUAUAUAUAUAUAUAUAUAUAUAUAUAUAUAUAUAUAUAUAUAUAUAUAUAUAUAUAUAUAUAUAUAUAUAUAUAUAUAUAUAUAUAUAUAUAUAUAUAUAUAUAUAUAUAUAUAUAUAUAUAUAUAUAGUCAUCAACCCAAGGUUUUCUUCACAAAUGAAGUACGUGAGUUGCAAUUACAGAAUGUUUCCAGUAAUUUCGGUAAAUUUUCACAUUACAAAUUUCUCCAAGCUUAUAAGCACAUACAGUUAUAUUAUAACUUAUAGCGUUUUGAACAUCCAACUCUAGAAAUCAACUUCUUGACUUGUUAUACAAUAAUUAUGAGUGGUUAUCGUUAUUUUUAUUGCAGACUUUGUGGCUUGUGACAAUUUCAUAAAUAACAUGACAUGUACAGGAGAAAAGGCCAUGAUUUGUAUCAAGAGUAUUGAUCAGAUUGGCACAAGCGGACGUUAUAUGUGUCCUGAGGUCCCAGAUGCAACACCAAACAGCAAUUGCAGUGUGGAGUUGGUGAAAAAGUAUAUCUUUGAGAAAUGUAAUGGAGAAACGAAAGACUGUAUACUAUUCGAAAAGAAUACAGACAUUUCUCCAUAUUGUGAGAGAGCAUUUAAGUUUGUUGUGAUGUCAUAUGACUGUGGUGGGUAUUUUAUUGCGUUUUAUAAAUAGAGAAUAAUACAUGGGUGCGCGGAAAUAUCAGACUUAUUUCGAGUGUUGAACAUGAUAUAUCAUGAGUGAGCGCAGCGAACGAGUGAUAUAUCAUGUUCAACACGAGAAAUAAAUCUGGUAUUUCCAAGCACCCAUGUAUUUUUCUGUUUAUUAUAUAAAGGACAGUCUUUGAAAAGCAAUAUUUUUUACAGAAAAGCGAUAAUUGAAAAGCGAUAAUUUUCACAUGUGAGAUUAUCAUGAAUAAUCUCACAUGUGAGAUUAUCACUUUUAUCAGUGCUCGAAAUCUCUAUAAAGCAUUAUACUUUAUAUAACAAAUAAUGAUAUAUUACUUCGUUCCAGAAAAGAUCCACACUCCCCCCUCCCCAACUGACAAAAUUUCUGCUGUCCAGAGGGGGAAGUGUAUGGACAAUACCCAAAGCAGGUAGGGGGGUUAAAUUUUAAAAAAUAAAAAAUUAAUAAAUUAAAUUCAUUAUUAAAUAAUAAUUAUUUAUAAUAAUUAUUUAUUAUUAUUAUUAAUAAUAAUAAUAAUAAUUAUUAAUUAAUAAUUUAUUAAAUUUUUGUUUCCGCAAACAAAACUAUUAUAUGUUUUAUCGCCAUGCAAACAUACAAAGAACUUGGUUACGAAAUGUUGUAAAAUACAGAAAAUAUAGCUUUGCAAAGUUUGCAUAUUUUCAGUAUGUUUGUAUUGCGUGCGGAAAUUGUUACCAUUUUUGAGCCAAAAAUGGUAACAAUUUCUGCACGUAAUACAAAUAUAUACAAAAUUUGGUAACUUUGCAAGGCUAUAUUUUCCAAGUUUAUUUGUUUGAUUCCCUUCUCUUUACUUAGAUUAAAAUUUAGUUUAACAUGCAAGCUAGUUGUCCAUUGUAUAUAAACAAUUUUGUCUAUUGUAAAUAUUCAUUCCAAUUUAAAAGAAUGAAGUUACAACAUUAGCCAAAUUUGUGUGUUUAUACUCUUGCAACAACAUUUUGGCAUGUGGAAUUUUGUGAAAACGAACUUUUCUUUGACAAAUAAUAACAGUUUGAAAUCGAAUAGUAGCUUCACUGGAUUUGUAGUUGUGUACGAGUAAUAUUUUCAAAUAGGCAUUUCACUGUGCUCUAAAUUAAAGAUGAGGUCAAGUCUGUUCUGCACAUGGGCUAUGCGAGGUUCCUCUGAUGUAAAACAAUAUCCAAAUUUCGUGUUGUUUCGACAUUGUUCAAAAUUGAAACUCUAAAUAUACUAAUUUGAAACUCUAAAUAUACUAAUUUGAAACUCUAAAUAUACUAAUUUGAAACUCUCAAUAUACUAAUUUGAAACUCUAAAUAUACUAAUUUGAAACUCUCAAUAUGAAUAUAAUGUUUUCAAAAUGUAACGGACUUCACCGCCUCUUUAAGUAACUUUUUAUUUGUACUAAGACUUCAAAACUAUUCUAUUCUAUGCUAUAAAUACAACGCACAAAAUAGGCACAAAAUUUGCAAUAUUCGCGUGUUCUAUUUUGCAGUGUCGUCACCCUCGGAAUGCUCAACUCUUGAAUCACCAAAAGAAGAAACAACAACGACCACUGAGCCCUUACCUUUGCUUUCAAACGACAUGAUGGCCCAGAAGAUAAAGUUACCCACCACAAUUUCGCCAACAAAAGCAACGAAAACUCCAACCAUGAACGAAAAUAAAAAUUCCACUUCGCGACUCGGCGAAAUUCCCGCCACGACCGCGCUGGAACCUGGAGACGAAAUUUUGCGAAAUUUUUCAUCCUCGGUCCCAAUGCCCACCAGCCACGCGCCAAAUUCUCGGAAAAAAUUCAAAACGUGCGCACGGAAAACGACGAGCACGACUAUCGCUACAGUUUCUUCGACAACAGGAGUAUCCUCGACAAAACCUAGCAUAGUUGAACGGAAUGCUGGUCAUAGUGUUUUGAACACUUGUUUUCCUUUAAAAUUUUAUGUGAUGGUUGUUUCAAGUUUGAUUGUCUUUCAAUAUUAUAGCUGGGUUUCGCUAAGCACCAGUGGAUGGUGAUAAACUUACAGUUUUUGCCAGUGAGAAAAUCGUAUAUAUUUUUUCCCACUAUAUUAAGUAGUCUUGCAUUUGAGGACCAUUGGAUAGAAAUGAGUAAGUUUCAUUUACUUGCUCUUGUGAAUGUCGAUUACAGUUGACCACCUGACAUUGGCGUAGCCAGCCCGACAAUUUGGUCAUGCCAUGCAAAUAUUUCCGUGUUCAUAGACAGUGAAAAAAUCAAUUUCGAAAGAAAUUAAUGAUGAUGAUUUAAAAUUUGCAUAGCAUGACCAAAUUUUUUAAUCAACUUUGAAUGGGGAUAUAAAUAUUAUUGUAUUAUGUAUAUAUAUCUAAAAUAAACUGAAUAAUUAAAUGGUUUGCUAUGUCAAGAAUGGUCUUCUAAAGGAACUGUAAACUUUAUUUUUUGCACGCUCAAGAUGAAGGCACUUCGGAUUUCGAACUGCCUUCAUCUCCAACUUCCCAUGGUAAUUACCACUGCCACUGGCCAGUCGCGGUCCUAAUUAGCUUCAGAUUUCCCCCCCCCCCCCCCCCACCGAUUUUUGCACAAAAAGGAUGAAAGCUAUAAAAUUUUGCAAGGCUACAUGAUGCCACAAUUCUUCAUAAAAAACAUGCACAAAUAAAGUAUUUAAAACCUACUGUUCGAUUACAAAUCUGGGCUGUGCUUCCCCAUAAAAUGUUCCACAUUUUCGCCCAAAAUAUUUCCACACAAACCAGUAAUUUUAGAUCUAUUUAAUAAAAGAUCAUUUAACUCCAAAGAGUUUCGUAAAAGAACAUUUACAUUUGGAGAUGAUGCAUGCAAUAUUGUAUAGAUAUCUUUUUACAAUAAUAUACUACAGGUCGCCUUUUUCGUAAGACGACCAAAUUUAUAUAAUUAAUGUCUCCACAUUUCGUCCAAAGGACUGCAUAUAAUUACAUGUUUUAAAAACUCUUUAAACUCUUAUAUAGUAAGGCAUAAUUUACAUAAAUUAUAUUACAAAUAAAUAUUUGCGAUAAAUUAAAUCGUUUUAAUGUGUUCUAAUUGUUCCUUUUGUUGUCAAAAAGACAUUGAUCUCUAUAAAGAACCUGGAAUGAUGGAUGGAUGAAGAGUUGCAGAGAUAAAGACGAUCAGCCUGACAACAUGAUCAUGAAAGUCUCAAUUCAUGUGAGAAUAGACAAUCUUAUAUCUGCGACUUUUCAUUCCUAGAUACAUCAUUGAGCACAACGACUACAUUAAUCUAUAGUCUAAUUCACGCACAACGUAGUGUCCAGUUAUUUAUGGAGUUCAAUGUCUCGUAACAGUUGUCGGUUAGUCAAUAUGGCCGCCACACUUUGGGUGAUGUACUUCGUACAGCCUCGGUUUCGAGUUUGAUGCGUGCAUGGUUCAGAUCAUCAAUUUGAUUCAUAACAUCUGAGACUUUGCUUAGAUCACUAUGAGCGUCAUCCUUUGGUGAAUACGCAUAACCAUUAAUGUUCGUAGUUGAAUUAGUCAGGUCUGUAUAAGUAACCCCGUUUCCAGAUGGCAGUUUCACGCUGCCAACAUCGUGUAGGCCAAGGGGUGAAUUCAUAAGAGACGAAGCUGGUCUCAGCAGAGGAUAUGUGUUGCCAAUAUUUGAAUAUACUGUAGAUUGGGUAAGAGACAGCGCGUUGGCAGAGGUAUGGGACGGGUUUUGGUACAUGCCUUUGGGCGUGGUUGAUGUCACGUGAUUUAGAAGAUCGUGGUCGUUAAGCGCUGUUGUUGUCGUUGUGUAUAAUCCAUUGGUUACCAUUGAUGAUGUCACUUGAUUAUUUAACAUGUUCAUAUUAUUAGCCAUAUGUGUAAGUCCUCCAUUCACGACAUUCUGAUUAACAUCUAGUCCCGUAUUGGUCGAGAACAAACCCAGGGAUGGUGACGUCACAUUCGCGGUACUCACGGGAGAUGACGAAGGAUUCACGCGAUACGGGUACUGCGAGCUGCUUGGGUAUCGCGUUUCAGAACUGAACAUUUGUGGGAAUAGGGGAGACAUGUUAUCGCCAUUCAUAGCUGAAAGUAGAGGUGUUUGUUUUGGCGAGGGAAUGAGGUUUUGCGGUAGAUUAUUGUACAUUAAGCUGUUGUCUGCCACGUGAUUGUUCAUUGAUGCUGGAUUCACCAGGUUUUGAAUAGUAUGAAAACUUGGCCACGAAGAUUGAGCUCUUUGCAAUUCU